GGCGGCUAUAGGCUGCGGGCGGCGCUCCCCGAAGCGGCGGCGGCUCCGCUCUGCGCGCUCACUCCGCGCUGCCGCAGCCCCCAGCGCCCGCGGCGCCCGGGCGCUCCCUCCGCCGGCGCAGGCUGCUCUGUCACUUUAGAGCGAGGACGAGGCUGAGCCGGCAGCAUCCCGGGCAUUUCCAGCGAGCGCCCGCCAGCAGCCCGGCACCGACUGCAAUUUAGGCGUCUUCAGAGAGGGGAGGAAGAUCCUCGUCUUCCGAAGCCUCCUCAAUGAGUGCCAAGCUCUCCAAGGAGUUUAGGCUGUCCCUGCCACCUUGUCUCCUGAACAGGACAUCGUCUGCCACCUUAAACACCAGCAGCACCUGCAUCACGCAAGUGGGUCAACUCUUCCAGUCCUUCUCAUCCACCCUGGUUUUAAUUGUCCUGGUCACCCUCAUCUUCUGCCUGAUCCUCCUCUCCCUCACCACCUUCCAUAUCCACAAGAGGAAGAUGAAGAAGCGGAAAAUGCAAAAGGCUCAGGAGGAGUAUGAACGGGACCACUGCACCCGCAGCAGCGGUAGCAGCAGCCAGCACCCUGGGACGGGGGUGCAGGGAGAGGCACCCCAAGGAAGAGACAGCCGGCUGGGAAGACCCCCCCAGGACUCGGAGAUCCAGCGCCCCUCUCCCUCGGCAGCCCCGAGCUCUCAGCAAGCACGGGCUUGUUUGGACACAGCUGGUGCGGGGCUCCUGCACACGGUGAUUUUGUCAUGAUGGUUUGGGGGAGACCUCGCGAAGGCGCUGGUUGGUGUUUGUAAAUACCCGAGUGAUUAUUCUAGUCCCCGAAGAAGAAGAAAACAUUGCUAAUUCAAAUGAACGAACAAGCCCAUGAUCCAAGCGCAUGACAGAUUACAUUGCGUUUCUCAUUGACUGUGCGAGGAAAAGAUGCGUCUUUUUACCAGAGAAGGAGCUGCACACAGCUACCAAAUAUCAAGUCGUCCACCUGGAGGAGAGGGUCAGGGGUGGGGGAGUCCCUUUUCCUUGGACAACAUUAUCCCAAGGACCGGGACGAUCCCCCUCUCUCGGGAUUCCCACUGCACCCUGUGUCACCAUUGCAUGGCUGGGCUGGGGCGUGGGUGAGUGGCGGGCGGGGAGAAGCAGGUCUGGCGGGUGCCUUGGGACCCCCUGUCCCCUUGGAGCAGAGCGACAGUCCACCCUGGUCUCUCCUUCUGUGCUAGGACCUAUGCCCCUGUCCCACCCUCUUGCUCCUUUCCAAGACUGUAUAUUGUUUUGUGUAGAAAUGGCCACCCCCAGUUGGGCUUAACUGCAAGUGCCCUCCAGCCCCAUGGUCCCGUGCCCCCCAGCUGCAGCGCUGAGCAUCCCACUGUCUGGGGGGAUGGAGCCAGCUGUCUGCACAGGGCGAUGCCUGAGCUCUCCUCUCCCCUCAGCUCCCUUCAUUUUCAAACGCGCUCCCCCCCAUCCCCAUCCCCAUCCCCAUCCCCAUGCCAUGAAACCUGAAACCCAAACCCAGUACAGUUUUGUGUGGCAGGGAGAGGUGAUGUGCAGUAACUUGCCCAUCCUCUCCCAGGGGAGGGUGUCCUUGUACCUCCUGUUAGUCCUGAAACAAAUCCAGUUCUGCACCAGGCACCCCGCACUGAACGCCUGUGUUUACAGCUUCGCCUCCCAGCAAGGAAUCCUGCAGCAGUACAGAGCUGGCUUCUACUUUUUUAGGCUGAUACAUAUUUUUAACCCUCCUAAUCUAGUAGACAGUUAGGGACAGACAACACUUAAUUUUCUCCCCUUUCCCCUCUUGGGGAACAAACCACACAAUUGUGCAAAAUGUCCUCUCCUAAACCCUGGCAAAUAUUUAUUUCAGAACUGGCUGGUGUAGUUUCUCCCUAGCUAGCACCAGGAGUUUUUUGUCUGUGGAUGGGAGGUGUGAGUGGCUGCUAGUACUGUGUGUGUUGGAGGAAGCAGCGUUGGGUACAGAAAAUGCGGCUCUGCUUAGUGAUUAAAUCAAUGACCAUUACUUGAAGGUGCCUUAACAGAGUGCCAUAUCCAAACUUUGAAACAUCUAAUAUGAUAUCAUAGCAGAGGCAGCCCUCUACUGUGCAUAUUAACAUCUAAAAAAUACAGCAAAGAAAAGUGAUCCUGAGGGAUUUCUUCUUUUUUUUUUUUUUUUUUCUUUCUUUCUUUCUAUCCUGGCAUUCAAAGUGAUCUGAGGAGAUAGUAAUAGUCCACAGCUUUUAAUAUUUUGUAUCCACUUAUUCCCUUUCUGCUGUACUCUGCUUCCCAUGGUGGCUGUUAGGCUAGAAAAAUCCCAGGCACACGCACCAGGAGGUCUGGGGCCCUAAGCCGGGAGUGAAUGCCAUUAACCAAUUUAAAAUGGGGAAUGAGGGUGGCAGAAGUGCUCCAUAAUCCUCCAGUAGCCCCAAAAUGCAGAGGUUUCAGGGCAGUGUUUCUGUUAUCCAGUUUUAUCCCAUUCCAAUCUUGCCUGGUCUGACUGGAAAUUGCUGUUGAGUUUGGAUCCGUGCCUCCAGUAUUUUAGGCAAGUACUGUAUCACCCAGCUCAAGGAGCUGCUCCACCAGCUGAGGUUAGUGUGGCAAGCGUACCUGCGACCAAGUGGUGUUUUGCACAUUGCAGUUUGAUGGGAGCGAUGGCUGACUCUCACCGCCAGCCGGUAUGAUCGGAUGUUAAUGGCUACUUCGUUGUUGCUGGGCAAGGAAAUUGGCUUUGUUUUGUUUCCCCUAAUAAAGGAUGCAUGAACUUUUGUGUUUAACCUCCUUAUGCAACUGCAGCACAGUAUUGCACCACAGGGAAUAGAUUUAGGACAGUGAAGAGUGUUCAGUAAUGGAGCUUCCUGAUCGUUGAUCUCCACUAAAUAGAGAGAUAUUACUUUCCCCUUUAUUUUGUGCCUUUAAAAAAAAAAAAAAAAAACAAGAAAAAACAACA